GCCGGCGGCCGCGCGCUCGUCGUCGACUUCACGGCGCCGUGGUGCAAGCCCUGCCAGAAGAUCUACCCCUUCUUCAAGCGCCUCGCGGCGACCUUCGACGAGGCCGCGACCUUCGUCAAGGUCGACGUCGACGACCUCGAGGACGUCGCCGAGGCCGCCAAGGUCACGAUGAUGCCCACGUUCCAGGUCUACCGCGACGGCGCGCUCGCCGGGGCCCUCUCCGGCGCCAACGAGAACAACCUCCGCCACUUCGUCGAGACCCACUGCCUCGGCGCGAAGAAGGAGAACUAG